GGCGCGCGCUCGGUCGUACUCGCAACCUCCGGGGCGCUGGGAGCUUGGAGCUUGCCACUCAGUGUCGCUACAGCCGCCGCUGUCGCCCGCCGCGGUUUCUCGCCAGCUCUCCGCGCGAGCCCGCAGCUCUCCGAACCCUGCGGCUGACCCAGGGCGCUCACAGUUUCUCUGGGCAGAGUGUCCCCGCUGCGGCCCCGCGGCGAUGGCCACCAAGAUCGACAAAGAGGCUUGCCGGGAGGCGUACAACCUGGUGCGCGACGACAGCUCGGCCGUCAUCUGGGUGACUUUUAAAUAUGACGGCUCCACCAUCGUCCCCGGCGAGCAGGGAGAGGAAUAUCAGGACUUCAUCCAACAGUGCACAGAUGAUAUCCGAUUGUUCGCCUUUGUGCGCUUCACCACGGGGGACGCCAUGAGCAAGAGGUCCAAGUUCGCCCUCAUCACGUGGAUCGGUGAGAAUGUCAGUGGGCUGCAGCGAGCCAAAACCGGCACAGACAAGACCCUGGUGAAGGAGGUCGUGCAGAAUUUCGCUAAAGAGUUUGUGAUCAGUGAUCGGAAGGAGCUGGAGGAAGAUUUCAUCAAGAGUGAGCUCAAGAAGGCCGGGGGAGCCAAUUAUGACGCCCAGACCGAGUAACCCCAGCCCUCCCGCUGUCCCUCGCCAGUCAUUGGCCUGCUCUCCGGGGGACGGGACCGCAGCUUCAGCGACCAGCCCACCAGCCCACCAGGGAGAGGAGACACAAUGAGAGGCAACAGUCCACCACCCUGUCUGCAACCCAGCUCCCCUUCCCGGCUCUCCUCCUGAGCCCUGUUGUGUCCUGUCUCGCAAAGCUCAUGGAACAUCUUUCUUUCCCUUCUUUUUCUUUUGUCCCCCUUUUUCUUGUUCUGAAGAAGAAUCAUUAUGAUGCUGAGAUCAGAUCUUGGGGCUUCCUGCGGCGACAUCCUCAGAUACGAGGCACCACCGCAGUGACCCCUUUUCCUGGCAUUUCUCCCAGCCUGCCUGGCCUCCUCCGCCACGACCUCAUGUUGCCCCGGAGACCACGCCAGUGCCGCCAUCUCAGUUUUCCUCGGCUUGCCCACCCUCCUGGCGCCGAGGAGGCAGCUGAGCCCGGAGCCACGCCAUCGACGGCGGCCGUCAUAAGCACACGCGUUCACCCCAUGUGUCAGGCUCAGACCUCCCAGAAUGUGCCCCAGGGUCCCUCACCCACCUCAUUCAAAGUUGCCUAAGCUACAGAGAUGGUGCUUGGUGGUGAGACGUGUAGGCCUGACUCAGACCGAAGGAGAAUAGAUAACAUUUGCCUUAAAAGUUGCCUGGCGUUCGCUUUCUCGCCCUUUUGACUGAAGUCCCACUAUGGCAUGGAGUGGGGGGUAAGGUCUGAGUCCAGAUUUGACAGAAGGAGUCUUUCAGGGUUAACGUCAGAGGCUCCCAGAGGGAUGAGGACGUUAGGGAGAGAGGCCCGGGAUGCGGAACAGGAAUGUAGGUAGAACUGGGAACCGAUCCUUCACUUUCGGGAAGAUCCUCUGCCAACAGCAGGGACAGCAGGGCCCGCGGGACCCGCGGAGCCAGAGCGCAGCUGCACCCAGCCUCUGGGGACCAGAACACCUGUGGUCUCAAUCCUACGUCUGCACCACACAGUCAAAGGAUUUUUUUUUUUUUCCCAAAGAAAGAUGAGAUUGGCUUGGUUCUUCAUGAGCAUAUUUUAUAUUGUUCUCUUUCUCUUUUUCCUUGUUCAUUUCUUUUUGGGGGGAGGAAAUCUGUGCUGUAUUGGGGUUGUGAAGAACA